AUGUCAUUCGAAGCCCAUUCCGAAUGUAUACCUUUCCCGCACGAGGGCGGAGGCCGUGCCGAACACGAGCCCCCAGCAACGAGAGGUGCAUCUACACCGAUUAAGCCGAUUCGAUUGGCCCUUGCCUGUAACCAAUGCCGAAAGCGCAAGGUCCGCUGUGAUGCGCAGCAACCAAGUUGCCGUAAUUGCAGUGUCAGGGGGGAUGUUUGUGAGACUUCGGAUCCUAGGAAACCCGGCAAUUUCCCCGCUGUUCGGAGGCGAGCUACGAGGUGCUGUCAGAAGGCGAGAGGGGAGGCUGGAAAGUGUUUGUCCCCGGCGCGUCAUUGUUUGAAUACAUUGACGCCAGCCGCGGGGAGCUCUAUCAAUUCCGUAUUGAAUCCGCCCGGCCCUUCCCCGGAUACCUCCGUAGAUCAUACUUCGCCUCGUGCCAGGGGAGUUUCAAGGAGCUCCGCUAUUCCUGGUUCGUCAGAGAGCCCAGCAACUUCAUCGUGGCGUACGACUCGGAGUGAGAGGUUAGGCGAAGACCACUUUUCCUGGCAAUCUAGGGCAUACCAAGACGUUGCAGAGGAUCAAGGGCAGGAUGUCGUCCAGGAACAUAAUACACCAGAACAUGAAACGAUAUUGACCCCGGAUGAAGCUGUUAACACGGAUGAUCCCACAACAAAUAAGACAAAGCACCUCGGCGCAAGCAGCGUACAAAGCCUCUUCAACUUUGUGGAUCUACAUCUCGCACGACAUGGCUUCAGUCAUGCCACCCCUCUGUUCAAGCAUGGCAUGCUACAUACCGAGGAGUUUCCAAUGCCUUUAAUGCCCAAGCUGCUCAUGCUCCCCGAUCGUCAAACCUUGUCAAUCUACAUCGAUGCUUUUUUCUCACGGCUAUGGCCGAUCUACCCCGUCAUCGACCGCGCCUCCUUCGAAGCAGAUAUAGAAAUAGUCCUCGGCUUACAAGCAGCCGGGUCUACAUCGUGGCAAGAACAAGUCACACUAUCUCAUAUUCCCGCUCUUGCUUCCGUCUACGCCCUGAUAUCUCUUUGCAUGAAUGAGAUAUCAAGAAAUUCGGAGCUGAGCUUUGAUUAUCUCACGGCCAGCCAUAGUCUACAUGGGCAUUUGACUGCCAUACCAUACAUGGCCAGUGUCCAAGCUCUUUUCCUUCUAGCGCUGGCACUCAGGGCUAUUGCCAAGGAUGGCCAGGCGUGGCAUGUCAUCGGCCAUGCAAUUCGUAUGGCUCAAUCUAUCGGACUAUACAAGUCUGCGGCAAAACACUCGUCCGAAGACGGAUUCACUUUGGGCUGUCAACCCGAGAGCUUGAAAGAACGACUCUGGUGGUCAUUAUUCGGGCUGGAAAAGCUCAUGCAGCUAGAAUGUGGCAGGCCAUCUAUCAUCGAUAGAAUCUAUGAUUGCCUCACCGUCAAUUACUCGGACAGCACGGGUUCGGAGCACAUAACCCCGUACUUUCGGGCAUGGGUCGCAUUGAGUAGUAUCAUGGGCAAAAUAUCGAACCGUCUCUACUCGCACAAGUUCAUGGGCGGAUCUGCCGAGAUGCUCGGCGCAGUCGCAAAAUUAGAUCAGGAGCUUCUCGAGUGGGAGGAUGCCCUGCCAGACACAUUGAAGCCUCGAAAGCCAUUGACCGACCACACUGGACAUGACCAUAAGAUCCUCGCAACUUUUCUCUCCCAGCAAUACUACCAGGCCCAGCUCAGCAUCCUCCGCGUCGCAGUAAUCUUCCCGCACCAAAGUAUAAAACGUGAAGUCGAGAAAAACAUCACCAGCCUGCCCCACCACACCCGCCUCCUGGACGGGCCCUUGAUAUGCGCAAACGCAGCAAGAACCCUCGUCACACAAUCCCUCCAACUAGCGGACCGCGAACUAAAAUCCACACUCCUGAACGUCUCCCCAACCUACCUCGCAGCAGUUAUUCUCGCACUCGGCGUCCUUCGUCAACCAAACAGCCGACUCGUCAGAUCAGAUAUUGAACUUUUGGUUUCAGCAACCGAGUACAUAGAGAGUUGGUAUUUACAGCGCGGGUUUACUUCGUCGUUUACGCAGACGUGUACGCAUUUGCGUGAGAGGAUGGUUUCCGUGUUUCAACGGGGCAAUAAUAGCCAGAAGGCUACUGCUACCGUGGUUAGUUCGGCGGAUUCGGGGUGUGAGAUGAGAGAGGGACAAUUGUCACAGCCUGCUGUACUAGGCUCGAGUGAUCGGUCAGUACUCUCUGGAGGUGGGCUUGCACGAUCGAGUCUUCAGGCAGUUUCUGUGCCGAGUGCGGUCGACCCGGGUGUGGAGUUGUUUGGGGAUUUUGAAUUCGAAGAUCUGUGGAACAUGACGGGGUUGGAUUUUAUGGUUUAUGAUGAGGAGAAUCCGUUAUUUGCACAAUAGGGUCAAUGAAAUCACCUUAUCAAUCUGGAAAAGGGUUUUCAAGAUCUUGUUUAUCCAAGCAGGACGGAAAUCCAGCUGUGGCUGGUCCAUACCACUGAUCAGGGUACAAAGUCAAUUAAUCGGCACCCAAG